AUGACAACAAUCAGGGCUUUAAUAGCUACAACAGUCAAGAAGGGAUGGAUCAUUUCACAGCUGGAUGUAAAUAAUGCCUUCUUGCAUGGAGACCUCAAUGAGGAGGUAUAUAUGCAGGUGCCACCUGGGCUAGUAAUAGAGAAGCCAGGCCUAGUCUGCAAACUGAAUAAGUCUCUUUAUGGUUUAAAGCAGGCAAGUAGACAAUGGUAUGCAAAGUUGACUGAGGCACUUUACUCAAGAGGAUACACACACUCCAUGUAUGACUAUUCAAUUUUCUAUAAGAGGAAUGGAAGUGCUUCAGUGUAUAUUGUUGUAUAUGUGGAUGAUGUGUUAUUAACUGGGACUGAUCAACAAGAGAUUGUUAAGCUCAAGAGUUUCCUGCAUGAGCAGUUCAAGAUUAAGGAUCUGGGACAGCUUCACUAUUUCCUGGGACUAGAGAUUAUGUAUAAGGAAGAUGGGAUCAUUAUAUCACAGAGGAAGUUUGUAUUAGACCUACUAAAGGAGUAUGAUUGCCUGGAACACAAGGCCUGCUCUUCACCUUUGGAUCCAAAUGUAAAGCUAAAGGCGAAGGAGGGAACAAUACUGCAGGAUCCUACUUACUAUAGGAAGCUAGUAGGGAAACUAAAUUUCUUGACCAAUACCAGGCUGGACAUAGCAUAUGGUGUUCAACACUUAAGUCAAUUUAUGCAGGAGCCCAGGGAGCCCCAUCUGAAGGCAGCAUUUCAUUUGUUAAAGUACCUAAAGAAUGAUCCUACCCUGGGAAUUUUCAUGUUAAAGGAUGGAGACCACACAGUCAGAGCUUAUUGUGAUUCUGAUUGGGCAGCUUGUCCAGACUCUAGGAGGUCCAUCAGUGGUUAUUUGGUUUUGCUGGGCAACAGCCCCAUCAGCUGGAAGUCUAAGAAGCAAGAGACUAUCUCACUAUCUUCUGCAGAGGCAGUGUAUCGAGUCUUGAGAAAAGUUGUAGGAGAGUUAGUAUGGUUACGCAGGUUAUUCGAAGAACUGACUGUUCCUUUCUCUUUACCCAUUUCAGUCUACUGCGAUAGCUAG